AUGCCUAAAUCCAAUUUCGGGAAUACAAACGAUGGAAAUACUAGCAGAAGGUUCUUUGAGAAUCUCACAUUAGCUGCAGAAAUAACUGGCAUUAGCUAUGAACUGAUAUACAGACUAAAAGCCAUAUUGGAAGCAAUUUCAAGCAGAUUUGAAAUUAAUCCGGUAAAUUAUGAAAGAUAUGCUUCAGAAACUGCUCGACUCUAUGUUAAGUUGUAUGAUUGGCAUCCUAUGACGCCAACAAUGUACAAGAUUUUAGUGUAUGGUGCAGUCAUUAUUGAAAAGGCAUUGUUACCAAUCGGACAGCUUUCCGAGGAAGCAGCUGAGGCUCGCAAUAAACAUUUCAGAAGUUACCGACAAGAUUUUGCGAGGAAAUUUUCCAGAGAAAGUUUUGCUCAGAACAAGUUCCUAUUGAAUGACAGGAAUAAAGUUAGACUCAUCGACAUGCUGAAGGUUCACCUGGAGAAGAACAAAACUCUAACAUUACAGGCAGAUGAAGAUGCUGAUAGAUUAAUAGUAACCACAGCCAUUUCCAUAUCCUCUUCCUACGAAGUAGUGAAGAUCGUCGGCGAGGAUAUAGAUUUGUUGGUCUUACUUUGUGAGUUGUCACGAGAUGGAGGAGACCACAUCCUUCUAACAAACAGACCAAAUAAUAUUAUAUUUGUAAAAUGUGGGAGAGAAAAACCCAGAUGUCACCUACUCGACAAAUUCCUUUACGUAACCGGAAUUUCACUACUCUUUCACGCGUUUAGAGGUUGUGAUACAACAUCAGCACCUUUUGGUCAAGAAAAAAAAAAUUCUAUCGACAAUAAAAAAAAACAGUCACGCCCCGAACAAAACGCAGGGGUUUUCUUGAGCUCCAAUGCCACACCUGAGCAAGUUGCCGACUAA